AUGAUCCGGGGCUCAUCACUGCAGCAGCGGGCAGCUCCAUCUGACGCGGAAUCGGUGCUGAUGUCAGCGUCGCAGGAGACCAUUCUUCAGUUUGGACAGCUACAGAGUUCCGUCGAUGUGGCAUUUUGGGCCGAGCUUGGAAACCUGAAGCUCGACAAGAUGCGCUUGUCUGAGGACCCACAGCAGAUUACAGGCGCGCACUAUGCAAAGCUGCCAUCCAUUCUCAACGAGCUGCUCUUGGACUCAAGCGGUCCACUGGUAGAUAUGACCAGGUGUGGGGUGCCAGGAGAGCUGCGCAACGUGAACACCCUGGAGAGGUUCAAGGCUCUGCAGGAACAGCGCGGCGCACUGCUGCAGGAGGCUGCGGGCCAGAUUUGGCAAGGCAUCUACUCUGGAGCGGCCGAGGCUGAUCCCUCACUACUGUCGCGCCUCCUCCUCAUCAGCUACGCAGACCUCAAGCUAUUCCGGUUCUACUAUUGGUUUGCGUUCCCGGCAAUCAAGCCGCCGCAGCCGAUCAUGGUCAGGGCAGUGCAGCCGCUGCAGCAGGCUCUGGGGAUGGAGCUGUCAGAGGGCGUUGCUGAGUCCUGCAAUGAGUGGCUGGGCACUGGCGGCCGGCCCCUCUUCUGGCUGAUGAGCGUGUCGGAUGACAACUCUGCGAGCAGUGGAAAACACGUGGUUCUAGCUUACAUGGACCACAGCAACCUGCAGAGCAACCCAGGCUUGCUGCUCCGUAACGCGCUGCUGAUGGCAGCGGUGAGGUGGCGGGUUGGUCACCUCGACGUGGCCUGCCUGCGGCUGCGACGCGGAAAGGUGGACGCCACUGCCAGCCUCCUGCUGAGUGUCAGCCUGCCAGCUAUUCCAGAAGGAUGGGGCAAGGAGGCCGCGCCGGCGGCUAUCGGCUGGGAGCCGAAUGCGCGCGGCAAGACCGGGCCACGCGUGGCGGACCUCGGCCCGACAAUGGAUCCCCGGCGGCUGGCGUCGGCCGCGGUGGACCUGAACCUGCGGCUGAUGCGCUGGCGCGCCGCCCCGGCCCUUGACACCGCAAAACUUGCCGCCACCAAGUGCCUGCUCCUGGGCGCAGGAACGCUGGGUUGCGCGGUUGCGCGAGUGCUGCUGGGCUGGGGGGUGCGUCACGUCACCUUCCUUGACAGCGGCCGCGUGGCGUUUAGUAACCCGGUGCGCCAGUCGCUGUACGAAUUCGCCGACUGCCUCGACGGCGGCAAACCCAAGGCGGCCGCCGCGGCCGCAGCGCUGCAGCGGAUAUUCCCGGACGUGAAGAGCGAAGGCGUGCAGCUUUGUAUCCCCAUGCCUGGACACCCGCUGUCGCCGGGAGAGGUGAAACAGGCAGAGGAAGAUGUGAGGCAGCUGGAGGAGCUGAUAGAAGCUCAUGACGUCAUCUUUCUGCUGAUGGACACUCGCGAGUCGCGCUGGCUGCCCACGCUGCUGGGGGCCGCGAAGAACAAAUUAGUCAUCAAUGCAGCGCUCGGCUUCGAGUCCUUCCUCGUCAUGCGCCACGGCGCCGGCCCUGACGCCGAGGACGCGGCUGCGAGCUCGACCGCCCAGAGCGGCAGCAAGGGGUGGCAGCGGCUGGGGUGCUACUUCUGCAACGAUGUGGUUGCGCCCCUCGACUCGACCGUGGACCGCACCCUGGAGCAGCAGUGCACCGUCGCACGGCCAGGCCUGGCCGGCAUCGCAGGAUCUCUGGCAGUGGAGAUGUGCUGCGGGGUGAUUCAGCAUCCGCAGGGCGUCCGGGCUCCCGCGGCGUGCCACGACCCGGACGCCAGCUCAUCCUCCGCUGACUCAGCGCUGCCCCUCGGCCCCGUCCCCCACAUGGUCAGGCAAUUGGGCGGCGGAUUUGCGCAGCACUGUCUCGUGGGGCAGGCGUUCAAGCAGUGCAUCGCCUGCUCUGGUGCUGUGGUGACUCAGUACCGGGAGAAAGGCUGGCUCUUCAUACUGGAAGCCCUGCAGGAUCCACAUGCGCUUGAAGAUCUGACAGGGCUGACAGAGCUGCACAGCAGUGCAGCUGCUCUGGCAAUGAUGUAUUCUGACGAGGAUUCUGAAGAUGAGGUUGAGCGUCUGGGGCCUGAUAAGACAGACAGCGGGGAGCAGGGCGACGUGAAGGAUGACUGGCUGGAGCUUUGA